AUUCAUCUGUUUGGCCAAUACAAACAUUUCUUCACAGAUCAGAGUCAUGUCAAGCGCUUCACUUCUUUCUGCAGUCGCCAGAAGGCUAGAAGGGAAAGUAGCACUGAUAACAGGUGGGGCCAGCGGGAUCGGAGAAUGCACGGCGAAGCUAUUCACCAAACACGGCGCUAAAGUAGUCAUCGCCGACAUCCAAGACGACCUCGGCCGCUCCGUGGUCAACGCCCUGGGCCCCACGAACUCAACCUACGUCCACUGUGACGUCACCGACGAGGACCACGUCAGCAACGCCGUGGACGAAGCCGUCGCCGCCUACGGCAAGCUCGACAUCAUGUUCAACAACGCCGGAACCCUAGACGACCCGAAGCCCCGAAUCGCCGACAACAAAAAAUCCGACUUCGAGCGCGUCCUCCGCGUCAACCUCACCGGCGUCUUCCUCGGGAUGAAGCACGCCGCCAGGGUCAUGGUCCCCGCCGCCCGCGGCGGCUCAAUCAUCUCGACGGCGAGCCUCUCCUCCGGGAUCGGCGGCGCGGCGUCGCACGCGUACGCGUGCUCGAAGCACGGCGUGCUGGGGCUGACGAGGAACCUGGCGGUGGAGCUGGGGCAGUUCGGGAUCAGGGUGAACUGCGUGUCGCCGUACGCGCUGGCGACGCCGCUGUCGACGAAGUUCCUAGGGCUCGACGACGAAGGGCUGGAGCAGGCGAUGAAUUCGAUGGCGAAUCUGAAAGGGGUGACGCUGAAGGCUGAUGACGUGGCGAACGCCGCGCUUUAUCUGGCGAGUGACGAGGCGAGGUACGUGAGCGGGCAGAAUUUGUUCAUCGAUGGCGGAUUCGGCAUUGUUAAUUCCGCCAUGAAAAUUUUCAACUAUCCUACAGACUCUUCUUCUUGAUAUAUUAUAUUAUAUUCCCAAUUAUCGUUGUGUUCAACUUUUUAGUUUUUACUGCCUUGGAUUUUUAUUAACGGUGAGGAGAAAUAUUAAUUAAACCUUCAUUAUUUCACAAGUAAACAUUAACUUUAAAUUU